AUAUAUCUCUACUUGCUACUAUUCAAAAAAGAACAAAAAAAAUUGUUUAAAAUUAAUUUUUUUUCCUUUUUCUUCAUUUUAAAGUGUGAAAUUAUUGAGAAAAAAGAGCGUUCGCUUAAGAUUUGAACAGAAAAAAGUUCACAUCCCGAGAUAAAUAAGAGAAAAAUUCGUACGAUUUUCAUUAAAAUUUUAUCCGUACUCUGAAGCGGCGAUCAUUCGCGUGUUACUGAGAGGGAUAGACGAGAGAAAAUUGGAUAAAAAGAAAAUAUAUUAAUUUUUCAAAAUUAAAAAAAAAAGAGAAAAUUGGAAACGGAGAAGAAGUGUGAACAUGCACAUGUUAAGCAAUGAGAAAAUCAAAUCCACAAUACCCUUUUGAUAGUCCAACAAGUAAAAGUAAUAGUAAUAAUAACAAUAAUAGUAAUAAAAAUGAACUUCACCUACCAGGCAGUGAAAUAAAAUAUGUAAGAACAAGAGCAUAUCCGUCAACAAGUAGGAAUUUAGUUGAGCAAGUAGCGACAACAGUUUCUAGUCAACUUAUUAGUGAUAAAGAGUAUUUAAGUCAUAUAAAACGUAAGGAUAGUAGCGGCACGAUGGGCCGUAAGCCAUCAACGAAAGAGAAAUCACUCAAACGUCAACCAUCGACGGCAGGUGAAAAGAAGACACGAUGGUUAUUAACAAGAAAGACAUGGCGUUAUAUGGCGGAUGCUGGGAGAAAAUUAAUACCUGAAGGUGUACAGAAUAAGCCUGAAAAUAUUGAAAAGAUUGAAGAGCAUUUUCAAAAAUUGUGCCAAAAUGAACGAAAAUUUUUGAUAUGGAAACGAAAACUUUCAUAUCCUGGCGCCUCGGGAAGUUUUCGUCGUAAAAAUAAGAACAAGAUAAGUAAAAGGCCAGUGACAGUUGGUAGUCCGCCGACUGGGAGCUCGGCUGAUGAAUGUGAGGAUGGUGAAAGACCUAAAAAAGGCACAGAUGAUCUCAUCAUUAAAAUGUUAGAAAAAUAUUUGCAUAUAAAUUCUGAUAUUGAGGAGAAUGAAAAUGAAUCUAAAUCUAAAUCUAGUCGAGAAAUCAAUAAUGAUAAUAAUAAUAAUCAUAAUAAUAAUAAUAAUUAUAAUAAAGCAUUUUCAAAUGAGCCAUCAACAAGUGGCAUAUCGAGAUUCUCACAUCAAUCUGGUGGUCGUCGAAGUAUUAGUGCAUCACCAAAUGCAUUUAGUAGUAGUGCAGUAGAAAAUCUUGAUAUAACAAAAUCAAAUGUUCAAGAUCAUAGCAUAUGGACUCCAGUUCCAGGCAAUGAAUCAAUCCAUUCACAAUUGCUACUGGAUUCGCUGAAACAAUAUCGAAAGAAAAAUUAUUCGCCAUAUAUUGAAACAGAAACAAUUUCUACAGACUUAUUAAAGGAUAAAGUGCUACUACGCAGAAUUCUUAAUGAUAUAAAAACACAACAAAAGUAUUCAAAAACAAUUCCAAGAACUGAAUCAACGAGAUCACUAAACAUUUCAUACUCAUCGUCAAUGUCAUCUUUAACAAGUACAAUAUCAUCAACAUUUCACAAUUUUGUUGAUUUUAUCGACACAAAAGCGAGCAGCUGUCGAAAUACAAUCACUCGAGGUUUUGGCGAUGUCAAUACCGGCAAUAUCAGCAAUAAAGAUUUACGUCAUAAAUUAAAUGUUGAGUCUGCAAAAAUGAAAUCCGACUCAUCAACCACAAUGUCUGCAUUUUCAGUACCCAUUUCACGUUCCUUUACCGCCUCGUCCUCAACUGCUGCUCUGUCUCGACCGCAUCAAAUUUAUAAUCAGCAAAAGCAAAUUUUUGCGAGUCAGCAACAACAACAAAUGUAUCAGCAACAACAACAAUAUCCAAGAUCUUCAAAUCGGACUGUCUCGACGACACUUAAAACAAUUACAAAAACAAUUUCUACAACAACUAUAUCGAAUAUUAAUAAACAGCCAUUAGAUUCUGGUAGUAUUUCCGCACCAACAAGUCCAACAUCGCCACCGGGAAUUCUUAAAAAUGUGUCAAGAAAACCCAUCAAGACUUAUAGAGGAGGUGAAACACAAACAGAUGGAAUCCCGUUGAGUACAUUAAAUACAUUGUUUAAUGAGUACAAGAAGCAGGUUGAAUUGGAACGACAAGAAGAAGAGGAACUACAGCAGACUGAUAAAGGUGGUCGCAAAUUAAGUAUUGAUAAUAAAGACGUAAGUCAAUCUGUGAGUGAUACGAUAAAGCGCUAUUUAAUGAUGGCACGAAAGAAACCAAAAGAUAAUGAUGCCGCAAAUCGUUUUAAGCGAGUUAAUUAUGAUAGAAACUUGAGGAACAUCAAAGCAAAAGGUGAAAUCACAAAGCCAGGCGAUGAUGAUGGAUUGAUGAAAGGCUGUCAAACAGAUUCUGACUGGCUUGAAGUAUUAUUUGGAAAUCGUGAUGAGUUACAUCGUUGUUGCACUUCUCCGAUCUUUAGUCCAAUUAUUCAAUCUCCAUCUUCAACAUCCCCACCACCCUCAAUUCCCUCCUCCCCACCCUCACCCGCUCCAAGCAGUAUCAUUCAAAGUGGUACACAAUUUCUCUCAAAUCUCUUUUAUCAUACAAAUAAUUCUAAUAAUCAAUCUAAUCCAUCAUCAACAUGCUCGACUCCAUCUUCAGCAUCAACAGUAAUUGCGAUGCAAAAAUCAAAAUCAUCAUCAAAUGUUGGACAUUUGAUGCUCAAGAAAAUUUCUCGGUCGCGAUCAAAGAGUCAAACGAGAAGUCAUGCAAAUCAAAUUUUGGUGCCGGCAUCAUCGGACAUAAAACCUCAAUGGACUCCUCAGGGCAAUGGAAUUUGGAUAUGUGCACAUACUGGUAAACGUGUUCAACUGCGAGAUGUAUUUUUACCAACCUUAACAGAAGUUGAAAGGGUGGUGCUUGAAAAGCAGGCCAAAGAAAAAAUUCUACAACUGGGAGUGACGUUAACGCCUCAAGAAUCAUCAAAUCAAAGUUCGCAGAAGCCUCAUAAACGUAGAGUGUUGUUACUGAAACGAAAAGCAGUUACGACGGGUAUUUUUGAUUCGAGUAAAGGAAAAGAUGAUUACUCAAAUAAAGGAGGCCUCGUGUUCAAUAUCCCAUUGGAGCAGUGUAUAGAGAAUGAUCACAAUCGGACGAAAGAGAAAAAGGAAUCUAGAAGUUCGAGGAGUUCUCUCAGUUCUUUACUAGAUCUUAAUCAAAAUAGAGAUCGUUCCGGUUCGUGUGAAUCACUUCCUGCUCGAGCAGAAUUUGCAGAAUACUUACACAAUACAUUCUCACCUCUAUCCCAUACAAAUAUUGACCGGAGGAGUAGUCAUGAUGAUGAUGAAAUCAUUAAUAUCCCAGGUGUUCAUAGUCAACUUCAACAAGUUCCGUCCGUAGUGCUUACAUGUACCAGAUACUUAGAAGAAAAUGGAUUAAAUACUGUUGGAAUAUUUAGAGUUAGUACCUCGAAAAAACGCGUGAGACAGCUUCGAGAGGAUUUCGAUAAAGGAAUUGUAAAUUCGAUCGAUCAGGAUGUAUGUCCUCACGAUAUAGCGACGCUACUGAAAGAAUUCUUCAGAGACUUACCAGAGCCACUUCUAUGUAGGCAUUUAUACAAAGGAUUUCUACAAACUCAAUCAAUCAGAAACCGGAGAUUACAGUUGGAAGCGAUAUCACACAUGAUUCAUUUACUUCCAGUAGCGAAUCGAGAUACUUUAUAUGUAUUAUUAAAGUUUCUAGCCAAAGUAGCUCGAGCUGCCAAUGAUACGAAAACAUUUGAUGGACAAGUGCUGUCGAAUGGAAAUAAAAUGGAUAGCACAAAUCUUGCGACAGUCGUUGCACCAAAUAUUUUACACUGCAUAAAGUCUGAACAAUUUGAGGAGCAAGAACUGGCAGAAAGAGCUGACGUUAUCAAUAUUGUGAGAAUUAUGAUUGAUCAUUAUGAAGACUUGUUCAUUUUAUCAUCAGACGAUAUGAAUGAAAUCUACACAACAAUGAUGGAUAUCUAUCCUCAACAACUUGAUUACUUACUUGAUCGUCUAUACAUCAGGCAAGAGGAAGACAUCGACAGUGGAAGUUCAAUUCCACCUUUAAGUCCGCCAUACCUCCAACAGCAUACUGUGUUCUCAGACGAUGAUAAAGUGUUCUCGCCAACAUCAUCGACAGCAACAACAACAAUUUCCACGAUAGAGCUACCAAAAAGGGUCGUCUAUUCAAGAGAGGAUAUCCUUCAUGAAAAUGCUGCCAAAGGUGGAAGUACCUCGUCAUCCAGAAGAUUAAAGGAACGUGAAAUGAGAUCGCGAAUGAAAUAUCAAGAUCCAGAGAAGCCUUUAAGAAGGAGAAGGCAAAGCGAUCGAACAGAGUCUGGUGACUUAUCGUCAUCGUCUUCAACACAUGAAAGUCAUCAAUACUCAUCUGGUAUUGGAUCAGGAAUUUCAAUGGCCGAAAGAGAUUAUUAUAUUCAUACAUUUUCAACAGAUCCGACCAAGACACGAAGCUCGUCAAUAGAUUCUAAUGCAUCUGAUGUGUUUGAGUCAGUGACACGACGAAUGUCAUCACCAAUUACAUCACAUGGUUCUGGUGUUGUAACGGCUAGUCUUAAAAUUCCGGUUCAAAUGCAGUCAUCAUCAGGUCAGAGUAUCAGUGGUAUUCAUGGACAAAAUAUUCAGUUCUAUUUAGAAAAAUCCUCACAUAUUGGAGAUAAUUAUUCCGAAAUUCCUUAUAUUGAGGAUAAUGGCAACGAAUAUUCAGAUGAUGCAAUACGUAGGAGUAUAUCACAAACUUUCCAAUUUCCACAACGUCAAUCUGUGACAAUCACAUCAAAGCGUUUGGAUGAGGUUCAAACAUUAAAUUCACAGAGAGACGACACUAGACAACAACAACAUGUAGCCACAAAAUUAAUGAAAGAUACUUCACUAACUUCCAUGCCGUCCACUGCACUUUCAUCAUCCACAUCCAAAAUGUCAUCUUCAAAGAAAACACAAGUUGAGGGUAAGAAAACCAUUGGCACUACACGAACUAUCCAAAUGUCAUCGUCUACGGGUCAAAUUAUUACUCCCUCAUUUACGGCGGCACCUCCACCAAUUGCACCAACCACGUCAGUGUCAAUAAAGGCUGUGAAAGAAUCAAAUUAUACACCAAGUAUUUCUUCUAUAGGUUCUAACGUGCUAAGAAGUAAAACAGCUGAUUUUGAGCGAAUGAGUGAUUCAAGUAAAAAGUCACGAAUAUCUGCUGCUAUGAACUUUCCUGCUCUUCAAACUUCUCACAAUGUACAGAGUCUACAAGCUAAAAUUCAAUCACCUAGUGCCAACCCUAAUGUUACAAAUAUAAGCAUUUCAUUGAAAACUACAGCAACUCCAAAGAAGAAGACAUCCACGAGUGCUGAAGAGUCAACAGCCAGUAGUGGAGGAGAAAGGAGAUCAAUGCCAAUUUAUAAGCGUAAUGAAAUCAUUUCAAGUGUUCAGAAGUCUAUCAAAAAGUAAAAUAAACUUGAUUGUCCUUAGUUUUGUAUGUUCUUUUAACUUGAACUAUGUUACUUAUUAUUAUUAUUAUUAUAGCUGUUUCUACCUGAACGAAUGAAUUAUGAGAUUUUUCUAUGUUAUAAAAAAUAAAGUUUUAAUGUUCAUUAUUGUUAAAAGAAAAAUGUGAAAAAGUAGAUUUUAUGUAGGAACAUACAUGAAAUUACUUAAUUAAAUUAAGAGAAUUUU